GCAGUCAUGACCUCCUGAGCUGUGCAGCGAGACGACAGCAGCAGAAAACACUGUGAUUAAACCUGUACUGCAUGACGCACUGGGGACCAGGAUGCUAAAACUUCAUCUCACUGCAUCACUGGCCAAUGUUCUUAUUAUUGCUUCACUGCUGGCAGAUGGGUCUAACAUACGGCUCGUUGGUGGCAAUCACUCCUGCUCAGGUAGAGUGGAGAUCUUUCACGAUGGCCUUUGGGGAACAGUGUGUGAUGACUACUGGGACAUGGACGAUGUAGAUGUGGUGUGUAGACAAGCUGACUGUGGUAAAGCCAUCAAAAACGCUUUCAGUGCAAGCUUUGGACAGGGGAGUGGUCCAAUCUGGCUGGAUGAUGUUCAGUGUUCUGGAAGUGAAAGUGACAUCACACAGUGCACUCAUCCUGGAUUUGGUAAACAGAAUUGUGGCCAUGGUGAAGAUGCUGGUGUUAUUUGCUCAGGAAAGGAGAUCAGGCUGGUGAAUGGUUCGAGUAACUGUUGUGGUCGAGUGGAGAUCCAGCACAAAGCCCAGUGGGGAACAGUGUGUGAUCAUGACUGGGACUUAAAGGAUGCAGAGGUGGUGUGUAGGCAGCUUGGAUGUGGUAAAGCCGUCAGUGCUCCUCGUAAUGCUCACUUUGGUCAGGGAAGUGAACCAACCUGGCUGGAUGAUGUUCAGUGUACUGGAACUGAGAGCUACUUAGAUCAGUGCUCACACAGAGGAUUUGGAGUAAAGAACUGUGGACACCAUGAAGAUGCUGGAGUCGUGUGCUCAUACAUACAGAGGCCCACAUUAACCCAGAUCCCACCAAACUCUGUGGUCUCACCUGGAGAAGACCUUCAGUUCAGAUGUUCCACAUCUAGUCCAACAUGCAUCUUGGUAGAAUUUGGUUUCUAUAUCAAUGGGACAUUAUUAAAGAAUCAAACUGCAGAGUCUACAGCAACAUUUAAUCUGACUGUAGAAGCCUCACAUCAGGGCGAGUACACCUGUGAUUACACAUACAUGGAAAGUAACUCCACUUCAUCCAGGAGCAGCUCCAUUAACAUUACUGUGGGCCAAAAAAUCAGGCUGGUGAAUGGUCCAAGUAACUGUUGUGGUCGAGUGGAGAUCCAGCACAAAACCCAGUGGGGAACAGUGUGUGAUCAUUACUGGGACUUAAAGGAUGCAGAGGUGGUGUGUAGGCAGCUUGGAUGUGGUGAAGCCGUCAGUGCUCCUCAUAAUGCUCGCUUUGGUCAGGGAAGUGAACCAACCUGGCUGGAUGAUGUUCAGUGUACUGGAACUGAGACUGCAUUAGAUCAGUGCUCACACAGAGGAUUUGGAGUAGAGAACUGUGGACAUGAAGAAGAUGCUGGAGUCGUGUGCUCAAACAUGCAGAGUCCCACAUUGAUUCGGAUCUCACCAAACUAUGUGGUCUCACCUGGAGAAGUCCUUCAGUUCAGAUGUUCCACUCCAAGUCCAACAUGCAUCUCUGUAGACUUCACUUUAUAUACAACUGGAACAUCAAUAAAGAAGCAAACUGCAGAGUCUACAACAACAUUUACUCUGACUGUAGAAGCCUCACAUCAGGGCGAGUACACCUGUGAUUACACAUACAGGGAAAGUAACUCCACUUCAUCCAGGAGCAGCUCCAUUAGCAUUACUGUGGUCCAUAAUCAGAUCCAGCUGGUGAAUGGUUCGAGUAACUGUUGUGGUCGAGUGGAGAUCCAGCACAAAGCCCAGUGGGGAACAGUGUGUGAUCAUUACUGGGACUUAAAGGAUGCAGAGGUGGUGUGUAGGCAGCUUGGAUGUGGUAAAGCCGUCAGUGCUCCUCCUAAUGCUCACUUUGGUCAGGGAACUGAACCAACCUGGCUGGAUGAUGUUCAGUGUACUGGAACUGAGAGCUACAUAGAUCAGUGCUCACACAGAGGAUUUGGAGUAGAGAACUGUGGACACCAUGAAGAUGCUGGAGUUGUGUGCUCAAACAUGCAGAGUCCCACACUGAUUCGGAUUUCACCAAACUCUGUGGUCUCACCUGGAGAAGUCCUUCAGUUCAGAUGUUCCACUCAAAGUCCAACAUGCAUCUCUGUAGACUUCAGUUUAUAUAAAACUGGAACAUCAAUAAAGAAGCAAACUGCAGAGUCUACAACAACAUUUACUCUGACUGUAGAAGCUUCACAUCAGGGCGAGUACACCUGUGAUUACACAUACAGGGAAAGUAACUCCACUUCAUCCAGGAGCAGCUCCAUUAGCAUUACUGUGGUGAACUUGCAGAAACCCAAUAUCUCAUUCAGUGAUGCUGAUGGAUUGCUCCAGUCUGAUAGUUCAGAAGUGAAAGAGGGCUUUGGCUUCUCAAUUAUCUGCUCCACUGAACCUCAGUAUCCAGGAGGUUCUUUCACCUUGGAUUUUAAUGGAUCGAACAUCACCAAGACUCAGUCAGCUGUUAACCACUCAGCCAACUUCCUGUUUCCUGUGGCUGAUUUUGUCCAUCAAGGAAACUACUACUGUACUUAUGAAGUAAACAUGUCUUCACGUAUUUUUACCUCCACUACCACCGAACCUCUGGCCAUCACUGUGAAAGUAUCUCCAGGACCUCUCUUCAUUGGGGUUGGAGUGGUAGCAGGACUGAGUCUCAUGUUAAUCAUCAUUUGGAUUGUGAAGACACGAAAAAAGACGAAAAUGUCAAAAGUAGUGUGAAAAUGGAUUAUUUUACAGCUGCAAAAUCACAGGAGGGCCUACAAGACGAGAACAGCACACACCAACCCUUAUUAUAACAUUUCAGAAACCAUUUUCGAACAGAGGGAAAGUGAACAGUGAUUAUGAUGUGGUAGCUUAGUGGUUAAGAUAUUAGACUGUAGAUCUGAAAGUUACAUCCCAACCACACCAAGCUGCCACUCCUGGUCCCCCAAACAAGACCCUCAACCCCAUAGCUGCUCAGUUGUAUGAAUGAGAUAGGGCAGUGGUAGCUUACUGGUUAAGAUGCUUGACUUCUGAUUGAGAGGUUGUGAGUUCAAAUCCCAGCACCACCAAGCUGCCACUGCUGGGCCCUUAAGUGAGGCCCUUAACCUUCCACUGGUUAGUAAAAUUAACAUAAAUGUAAAUUGCUCUAGAUACAAAUGUCUGCCAAAUGGCUUAGAAUUACAUACAUUUGUACAUUACUGCUAAAAGUAAAGAAGUAUCCAUUAUCUCCCAUCCACAAAUUAUCAAUCUAUUAUCUAUCUUAUCUAUUAGCUAUCAAAUUUAACAGUUAUGAGGUCAGGUCUGCAUUUACAUUUGUUACUACUCCAAAAAAAUAUAUAUGAAUGUCUUUCUUGUGAUUAUUUCUAUUUAAAAAACUUUCAAUAUA